AUUCGAACAGCUGUUUCGUAACAGCUGUUACGUUUACGUAUUGCAAAUGAGAUGAUCAGCACGCGACGGGUGACUGAUAAGUGGCUGACGAUGAAGUUGAUGCGGGAAAAGGAGAGCAAAGAAUGACCGGGUAUCCCGAGUUGUUGCGCACGAUGCGUUCGACGUGUCGGACCGUUCAGAUAAAGUCGACUGACAGCGCACCCAGAUAAGGAUAGAAAAGCAUUGUCAUCGAAUAUAAACUGUCAAUUAUAUAACUUUUUUCGUUCCAAGAAUGCGUAAAUAAUGUAAAAAAAAAAGGGAACGUGAAUAUAUAAGUCAAUCAGUAUAUAUAACGUCGACCAGUGUGAGUGGCAUAACGUUUCUAUCUUUCUCUCCGUUUCGUUCUUAUUUUCCCCGGAGUCUGUUGAUCGUACAAAUGUUUCGGAGGUGCAAUCUCGUCAGGCAGCUUCGCGGUGUCGCGAGAGCAUCAACGGAGGCUGCUGCAGUCGCGAAGACACCGUCUCGGUUGCAGCGACUCAGAGCGCAGUUGCGGGAGGAUGAGCGUGGGAUACUCACAGAUACAUUCGGGCGCGAGCACACGUAUCUUAGGAUUUCCCUCACAGAGCGUUGCAAUCUUCGCUGUACGUAUUGCAUGCCUGCUGAGGGCGUGAAAUUAACCAAGAAGGAAGGUAUUCUGACAACGGAUGAGAUAAUACAAAUAGCCGAUCUUUUUGUCAAGGAAGGAGUGCGCAAAAUACGGUUGACUGGCGGCGAACCCACAGUUCGUAAAGAUCUCAUUGACAUCGUCGGACAACUGAAGCAACUGAGAGAUCUGAAGCAGGUUGCGAUUACAACCAACGGGCUGACUCUGACACGUCAGUUGCCAGCUCUUCAGAGAGCGGGAUUGGACGCGCUCAAUAUAUCGCUGGAUACUCUCAAAGAGGAGCGCUUUGAAUUGUUUACUCGCAGAAAGGGCUGGGCAAGAGUCAUGGCUUCCAUAGAUCUCGCUGUUCAGCUUGGCUACAAUCCCGUAAAGAUCAACUGCGUGAUGAUGCGAGGCCACAACGACGAUGAGAUAAUUGACUUCAUUGAUUUCACGAGAGAUCGACCUGUCGAUGUACGUUUCAUAGAAUACAUGCCGUUCCAAGGAAACGAAUGGAAAGAAAAUAAGAUGGUUUCUUUCAACGAGAUGAAAGCAAUAAUUCGAGAGAAAUAUCCCGAUUUCCAAGCGCUGCCAAAUGAACCGAACAACACGUCGAAGGCCUACCAUGUACCAGGAUUCGUAGGGCAGGUUGGAUUCAUUACAUCUAUGAGUCAACACUUCUGCGAUUCAUGUAAUCGCUUAAGAGUUACGGCGGACGGAAAUUUGAAGGUGUGCCUAUUGGAAGGAAAGGGCGAAGUCUCACUUCGAGACGCUUUGCGAAGUGGAGCCUCGGAAGAUACGCUUAAGAAUUUGAUAAAAGGAGCGGUAUCGCGAAAAAAGAAGCAACACGCAGGAAUGGUCAAUCUUACUCACAUGGAAAAUAGGCCAAUGAUUCUGAUCGGGGGUUAACUGAUACGGGUUAUGAUAAUUAACCAACUGUAUUAAAAUACGUUCGGCUUUGUCGAGACGCGCACA